AAACAGCGGUCUAAAGGGUUACAGCGAGGGCCGAGCUUCGUGGGAGCGACGAGUGGAAACGAGUGUAACGCUGGAGGCGGGCAGCGUCUCCGGAUGCGCGAGGGGCCCUUCUUGGUGAACCGCGAAGUGGGUCUGGGAUGUCUUAGUAAGACGACGACGGCCCGUCAGUUGCACAGUAAUCAAGAGGGGGGUUAGGUUUAACCGGGGCAACGCGCAUACCCUUUUGUUGAGAGAAAACAGCGGCGCACGAGUACGGUCCGGCGACAUGAAUCAAUGGGGGUUUCUUUAUUGCCAUGAUGCGAAGUAAAAGUAGAUGUUCGCUUCUUUGGCGAAAGCCGGCGGCUCUUGUCGCGGAAGGUCGCUUGUUUACUGCCCCCAAUUCUGGAGAACUGGAGAUGACGACGGCUCACGGCCGCGGCAAGCGGGGGGCCAAACCCCAACCCCCCUUGCCGUGCGUCUACAUGCACACUAUUACAGUACGGAGUACUUGGGUACAUCUCUCUAUCUUACCAAGGAUGACAUAUCCCUUGCCGAUGCUGCUGAAGCAGGUGCCCAUCCCUCACACGUGGCUGUUGUUUAGCAGAGGCCGUAAUGGCGAUAUUCUACGGUAUAUACGUGCGUGGAUGUUUGCACAAGACACAUCCGUGCGCAGACUGAUCCAGCAUAGCAUCGCAUCGCAUCGUGACGUGGUGGGAAGGGGAAGAGGGAGGCAUGGCCGGCGGCGAGGUCCGUGGAGUAAGAGUAUGCCAACCGCAUCUGGGCUGCAGUCAGACAGGCACUUGGACAGAAGAGGCCCGAGUGAUAGGGCAGCCUGGUGGCCAGCAACAACGAUAAGCGAACUGCAACGACGAAAUACGCAGAAUAUUCGUUUCUGGCCCAGGGCGGGGGUCAAGAGGAGAGGAGAGAUGGACAGACGUGGGCAAAAGGAUGAGAACAACGAUGUCGGCACAUCCCAGCUGAGACUCAGCCGGACCAGGCAAGCCUACUAGGUACCUAGACAUGUACCUCUUACACCUCCAGUACGUACCUACCGCCCAGCCCAGUUCAAUCCAGUCGCGUUGCAAUUCUCUAA